CGCUCUGUACGUACGUACGCCCGCUCUCCGUCUGUCACUUGUCUGCGUUGCUAUUGAGACAUCUACUCGCGGUCCGACGGGAAUCCUCCGCUUGUGUGUACGAAUGCAGUACGAUGCGAUGCUAGCUAACGUUUCGGACUUCUAAAGGUACGGUGCGGUCAAAACUGCAAGGCUUCUCUGCAUCUGUUAAACUUUGUUUCACCUCAUUUCGUGAAUGCUAAGAGAUGCUCGGUGUGGCAGUCGUGAUGAUGGAGUAGACGUAUUCGCGGAAAAUGAAAUUACGUUCCGAAUAAGGGCCCGAAUAAUUUUUGUUUAUAUCCGCGUGAUGACGGUCUGACUGUGAAAAGGAAAUUUUCGUGACUUUGAACCGAGUGUGUAGCUGUUUAAAAUGACGAAAUUUGGACUCUGUCCUUUAAUGAAGUGUAACGUGUUCAUUGUGCAAGUGAGAUGACCGGCGGAACUCGGUUCAGACACCAGCAUUGAUUUCCAUCUGCAAAGCAAGGACAGGGCUUGGACAUAAUGGACGCUCUUGCGAACAAAGACGCCUCUACGACCACUUCAAGGGCGGCGCAGAAGAUGAAUCUUACGUCAUCACCACAUCGACGGAAGCGUCACUCCUCUGGAGAGGAAGACGUCGGCACGGGAUUCAGCGCCGCGAUGCGGAGGGCCCCGCCUCCCGUCCCACCCGCGCUGCUUCGCCGCAUUGGCGUUAAGGAGGUCACCGGCGUUGGGAAGGUAAAAGUGAUGUUGCGUGUGUUUGGUGGGGCCGUGUCUGGACCUGCUACCGGAGCGACGGCUUCCGGUAGCUGCACGACACCCGGAGGAGGGUCAGCGUCUUUCUUCAGCGUCGAUAGCCGCAGGAAACAAGUGACGCUGUUCGAUCCCGCGGCUUGUGGGAGCACAGCAACCCCUGAAGACCGACGCGUCGGCGUCGCUGCCCCGAAAAUGUUCGCUUUUGAUGCCAUCUUUACACAGGAAGACUCUCAGACGGAGGUGUGCUCGGGAGCCUUAAGCGAUGUGAUUCAUGCGGUCAUCAACGGAACGGACGGCUGUCUGUUCUGUUUCGGCCACGCGAGGCUUGGAAAGACGUAUACCAUGGUCGGAAGUCCCGAGGCAUCUGGCACGCUCGGAGUGAUCCCGUGCGCCAUCUCGUGGCUGUUUCGUGGAAUUAACGAGCAGAAACAGAAGACGGGAGCUCGAUUUUCAGUGCGUGUCUCUGCAGUUGAGGUUCUGCAGCAAAGUGGAGGAACUUCACAGCAGCUGAGGGACCUUCUGGCAGGACAUGCAAAUGACUGUGAACAGUCUCCUGGAGUGUACCUCCGCGAUGACCCGCUGUUCGGUACUCAGCUACAGAACCAGAGUGAACUCCGAGUUCCAACAGCAGAGAAGGCAGCGUUCUAUUUGGAUGCAGCAAUCAGCAGCCGGAGUGGCUGUCGCAGUGACGGUACUUCAGGCGGCCCUGCCGACUCCCACCUGCUGUAUACUCUCCAUGUGUACCAGUAUAGUGUUGCCGGAAAGGGCCACGGAGUCGCUGGGGGGAGGAGUCGACUCCACUUGAUCGACUUGGGAAGUUGCGAGAGAGGCAAAGCACAUGGUGGAAUUCCGCUGUCUGGGCUCGGUAACGUUCUUCUCGCGAUUUUCAAUGGGCAGAAACAUCUUCCGUACAGGGAACAUAAAGUGACGCAGCUUUUGAAGGAGUGCCUGAGUUCACUCACGUGUCAUGCCGCCAUGAUUGCCCACGUGUCGCCUGCAGCCCAGCACUACACGGAUACCCUGGCUACAGUGCAGCUUGCUUCUAGGAUACACCGCAUGAGACGCCGCAAGAUAAAGUUCAGUGGGGGCUCUGCCGGUUCGGGCGGCAGCUCCGGAGAAGAAGCGGCAGUUCGUCUGCAGCAGACACAGGAGAAUGGCCGCUCAACAGGCAGCUCAGAUGUCGAUCCCUCCAGCAGCGAACAGUCGGCUGACACCGUCAUCUACGUGGGUCCAUCUGAUGAUGCAGCGACUGAUGGAGAGCAUCCGCCGGUCUACAUUCCGAGCCUCAACUCUGGUGAUAACCGCUGUGCUAUGGGCAAGGCUCUGAGAGGGUCCAGUGCGGAGCACAGACUGCCGUCUAAUAGUGGUAGCGGCCAACAGGGCAAAUCAGCUUCGUCAUCACCGGCCAAAACAAACAGCGCGCAGUCCAAACUUCCGAAUGGUAGUGUGGUGGAGGACAGGAGUAGCCCAUCGCAUCGUGGCAGUUCGACAAAGUCAUCGACAAAUCAACUGAACUCAAAAACAUCUUCCCCGAGUCAUAACAGCAGUUGCAAAUCUUCCCCAGUAAGGACUCUUUCUAAAAUGACGCCCCACAAAACAUCAUCAUCAUUAACUGACCAACAACUUUCUAGCUCCACCCAGUCGCAGACUUCAAGUAAAAUUCCUGUGCCUUUUAGUAAUGCCUGCGGUAAUGCUGCCGGGACCGUUUCCGGAAGCGACGAGCAGUGGAUCGAUGGCCCUCGAAUCUCUAAGUCCAAAGUAGCAGAGGCUCGAAGUUUGCUCAAAGACAGUCACAAAAAGAAAGAAACGUGGAUCGAUGGUCCAUUACAAACCGGAAAGUUGCCAGCACUGGGGAAUGGCCACGCCAGUGGAAGCUACGGCUUCAUGGACAGUCAUAAGAAGAGCAUGAUUCGAAAAUGGGUUGAAAACCAAACCGUUCAGAUCCAGCGACAGACCGUUAAGAAUUCGACUUCAGCUGCGUCUCCGAGACCGCCGACAACUGGAGCCCCGCAGGGUCACACGUAUAAAGAACUCACUGUUUUCAAAACUUGCGAGGAUGAAACGGAAUCUCCGGGGGGAGACGCGAAGUCAUCUUCGGAAGUAGAACCUCGGUCUAGUUUGCCUAAAGACGAGACAGUUUGCUUAGGUGUAAAUAGAGAAUUAGUGGUGGCCGAGGGCGUGGAACACGUGGAGGAUAACCAAAGAACCAACGAGAGAAGUUCUUCGGAGGCGGAGGUCGAUACGCCAGGCGAGCAGGACACGACGAUAGUAGAGACUGAACCGGAAAAUGUUGAGGAGGAAGACGAUGUGGUCGGAGAUAUUCCACCACCUCUGCAGCUCUUUCAACCUCAUAACAAGGAGAUUAUUACAGAUGUUUCAGUCGACAGUCUUGAUGUAAGACUGAGAACUAUUCACGAACGAAGGGAAGCUGCCGGUGCAGUGGGAAAAAUGGAUGAUGACAAUGAUGAAGAUGAAGUAGAAAUCAUCGAGGUCGAAGAACCAUUUGAGACCGUUCCGAUGCAAGAUUCUUGUCUACAGGUAACCGAGGAAGACAUAGCACUCUGCAUGGGCGAGAUUGAGAAUCCUUUGCCAGAAGUGGACCAAGAGAGUAAUGAGGAACAUCCCUUGCGAAUCCUAAGUCAAGAGAACCUGACAGUUGUCUCAACAUUUACUGACUCGAUGUCUGUAGUGACGGACCUGGAGCGGAUGCUUCCUCAUCAUCAGUUCGGGCACUCGGAGGGGACGUUACCUAACCACCGACCAUACAGCCUGUAUGAACUACCAGAUGAUUAUAUAGGCCGAACAGAACUGAGGUUGUUUGACGAUGGUACCAGUGAGAACAAACGACAAACACCCGAUCUCAUAUCGAAUCAAACCAAGUUUGAACAACUGGCCAGAUUGCAUGAGAUGUAUAAGACAAAACUCGCCAGAGCAAACGUUACAAAGACACUGUCGUCAAAUUUGAGCCCCUCCCUCCAGUAUCGUCCUCCGUCCAGGUGUCAGUCCUUAUCUAUGUCUGACAUGUUGUAUGGUUCUGGUAAUCCUGACAGCAACUAUACCAGCGUCGUUGCUGGCGCUGGUGGUGGUAGCAUCUAUAGUGAACCAGCUUAUAACGUUCAUAAAUCUCUACGCCAGAACCAAGCUAAGAUAUGUGACAACUGUAAGAUGAGUUUUAGCCACACAGGAAAUGGAAGCAGCUGGUACCAGCCACUGAUGACUAAAACCACCUGGGAACACAUACCAAUGCACCAUCCUCUGGGAUCAAUGGUCUGUGAUUCCGUAAACCACCGGUUCUGUAGAGGUGGGUGUAAUAUCUCAUCACUGCGGCAUCCAGACGGUGCGUCGAAUCCAAAUCUGAAAGAAGAAGUUGAGAGAGUACCAGGAAAUGGCGCUUCCACAUCUGAUCAUGAAGAAGAAACAUCUGAGCGGCAGAGCAAGAGUCGACAGACACCAAAGCAGGAGGUGCGGACUGUGACAGGCAAGGCUCAUGACGAAGAGGAAGAAGAGGACGAACCCCCACCAGUACUUCCCCCAUCCCUUCCUCCUGCUCCUUCUUCUACUCGUCUCCAUCGCAGGCUGUUCGGGGCCAAGACAGGCACCCGUCAUGCUAGUCCCAGAUCCCCGUGCCCGGCAAUAGGGCCCGAAGGUUACGACAGUGGUCAUGACUCUAGCAGUCCCAGUCCACGCCCCACAAAGGCAUCGCAGUUGGCGUCGUGUUUGCCCGGAGUACUGAGUGGAAGAAGGCCGGCCGCCGCCGCCAUCUUGUCGGCCGUGCAGUGCGAAAGCUCAGGUUAUGAGAGCAUUGUGAGGGACAGCGAGUGUUCAAGUUUUGGUUCCAGCCAGGAUUCUGAUCCAGGUGAACCGCAUGACCCAGGCGGUUCGAAGAAAGUUCCCGUGCUGCAGUAUUGUAGAGAGGACGUGGAGCGGCUGGAACGCCGCUGGACGGAGGCACAGGGGCGGCGGAUCAGAGAACUGAGGGCAGAGCAGCAGGAGCUGAAGCAAGAGUUGGCAGCAGCCAAGACCCGACUACUCAUUCCUUCCACGAGGUGGAGCUACGAACGUAAUCCAUGUGGAAGCAAGUAUGGACUGCAGGGAUCCAAGCUUCCUGGAAGCUCUGGUUCAAGAGACACAGAUUCUACAGAAACGUGUUGAAGCCUGUAAAUCACACAUUCUCAUGGUUACCUGCUUUGAUGCUGUUCUCAAACAGCAAGACUAAGUUGGGCUCCAGGAACAAUCGUUUGCAGUUUGCAACUUUAUCUUGCUGACUGUAAUAAAUUGUAAUCAUUGAGCACUAGAUGUUUGUGCUUUAAAAUGUGUUCAGUUUGUUGUUUGCAGGGAAGUAAGUCACUUCUCUUUCAACAUCCUUGUACAGUAUAAUUCAGUAUGUCUUAAUUUUUGUUCAAAUCUUAAGUUUAUACGGUAUUUCAAAUGAAAUUCUGAAAUAUACAUUUAAAUACGUCAGAAGCACGUGCUCUAUCCUCCUUCAUCAUUAUCCCCACCAUUGAUUUGUUGUUAAAUAAACUUAAAUAAUCUCAGAAGCUUAAGAACAACCAGCGAAAUUUACAUUUCGUGUUUCGUUCUGACCUUAAAUUUAUCACUACAGUUGAUUCUGAAAUUCAACAGUUCGUAUUUUGAAAGCCUGUAAAUCAGAAAUAACUUUGAGUUUAUUGGGUGGAAUAUGCAAAGAAAAUACUCGUAAAAGCAGUCUUUUCACGGCUUAAAUGAACAUUGAAACAAAAUGAAUCCUGUCAUUUGGAAAGACAUGACAGUCUUAUAAGACAAGAAAGUAAAUUAAUUACAUUUGCAUUUCUGAACAGAAAAUUUACAGAGCUGUUUAUUUUAAUAACUUUAAGAAUUUACUUGAAAAAAAAGCUAUUGAGUGUAUUUUAGUAAUUUUCUACACCAUGAGUUAAGAACAAUUGGCAGUGCACGAGGGCGUGAAUAGAUUGGAGAGUAAAAUAUCGGUCGUGUUUCACAGCUUAUAUUGGGUCCAACUGACUGAGCAUCACAGUAGCGUAGAGUGAAAGGAGACAACCCGCCCCAUGUCUGUUUUUAGAGAACAUUUUCUAAAGAGCUGAUUUUAGCCUGAACAUCUAAUAAAGUCUUUUGUGUGAGGGUUGUCCAUGUUUUUACAACACAUCGGCCAUUGUAUUUUUGUUAGUAGAUGGUAAGAAUAUGGGGAGUCAUGUAAUAAACGGCAGUGAGUGACAGAAACUUUUAUCUGUUUAAGAGUGAAUGUUAAUAUUUAGCUUUUUGGAAAGGAUCCUAUUCCCAUCUUCAUGAAUUAAUCUUGUUAGACUGAUGUGACUCCAUGUAUUGGUAUAGGAACCUAAAUACACAUUACAGCUGGAAAUGUGAGGUUAGAAUUUCUUCUGUUUUUCUUUCUUACGAAGUCCACAGUAUGGGAAACUUAUCUUUGUACCUAAUUUUACAGAAAGGUAGAGUUCAAGUACUUUAAAUAACCGAAUAUUUAUAUAUAUAUUGAAAUACAACACUUUUAUGGAAGAACUUUUACAUAAAAAUGGCCAUUAGUAAAAUCAA